AUGCCUCCCAAAGCCCCCACUCACAUCGAGCACAACGUCUUCAUCACAUCUUCAGUCACCUUUGACAACAAGAAAGACGAUUUCGGAAGACUUCAGAUCUACCAAGUCUUCUCCUCGCUUGACGAAGCCAACGACUUCUGUGCCGCCAAAGCUGAUGAGCUUGCUCUCAGUCUCGACAUCGAGGCUCCCACACCUACAUUGAAGAAUUACACCAACGAAGGCGCCUUCAGAAUGGAGUUACCCUUGGAGAACCGAAGCAGAGAUGUCACCGUCGAGACGCUCAUCAUGCCUCUCAUGGGCGGCGUCAUUAAGCACGACAAACCAGUCUCUCGCAAGACGCCAAAGUCGAAACAGUCUUCCAAAUCGAAAACCAAUGACGAUGAAGAAGAUGAUCAGGACGUUGAUAUGGAUCUCGACACAAAGACCAAGACCACCAAAGCCAAAACUCGCAAGAACUCCAAGCCGAAACUCGACACAGAAGUCACCGAAGCCGACAUCGCUGCAGCUCCCACUGGCGCUCGUAAUUGCCUUGGUGGUUUCCCCUACACUGUCUUCGGCCACCAUACAUACUGGAGUGAAGAACAGUUCAGAGUCAUCGUCAGAACCUUCGGAGGCACAGUCAACAAAACUUUGCCCGUCUACAACAACAACCCCGAUCACAAGCUCAUACUGGGUUCCGACGUGCCUUCGAGGCUCCUGGGUCGCAUCAAGCAGAAAGAAUUCAAACCAAUUACGCCGGACCAAUUCCUUGCUCACCUCACUCGUAUGUCUAACCUGGCCGAUCCAACUAGUGCUUCGCGUAUCACCAGCGAGGAGGUUGCUAAGCUCUGCAAGAUGGUGCCUGGAAAACCCGUCGUCAGAACUAGAGAGGAUACAGACAGCGAUGACGCUUCAGAGUAG